CCUAAUAAUAUUUCCACGGCCAGCAUUGCCCGCUAGUGCUCUCUCUCGUCUCUCCUCGCCUCUUGUUCUCUCUCUCUCUCUCUCUCUUUCUCUGUUUCUCUUUCUAUCUCUCUCUCGCUUACUCUGUCUCUCUUUCUCUUUCUCUUUCUAUAUCGCACGUUGCCUAACCCCCGUGUGUGUGGAGGCACAGGAGUUCUCUCUCCAGAGAGAGAGCCAAGAAAGCAGAAGAAUCACGCUGCAGAGCAGCACGUGUGUUGCGCUCGUGCGGAUCGUACGAGCCACCCCCGUCGCGUUUACUUGCUACUAAGCGUUAAUUUUCCGCGAUUAUCACCGUGAGGACACGGUUUCACGCGGUUUCACUCGGUUUCACUCGGUUCGACAAGGUUUCACGCGGUUUGGACUCGUUUGAUCGGGGUGAAUUUGGUGUAUAAGGACACGAUAUUUUGGAAUAAGAAGAUUGGGUUGCGUAAGCAGAUAAAGGAGAGAGAAUUGUAGAUUGAUUGGUUGAAGGUUUGUCGAACACGGUUUUCGGUGUUUGUUGAUUGUUGAGUUUUAUCAGGGACGUGAGUCUCGGUUUCUUAGGUAAGGGAGAGUUGAAUAGUGGUAGGAAACGCGAGUGACUGUAAUAGACGCGAUAAGCGUGGUUUCGUGAAGAUUGUGCCAAAGUACACCGUGUGACGAUACCACGUUGCUUAUUCCGGAUUCCUCGUGCGGCGUCCGAAGGAGGCUGAUCGGGAGAUUGGCAUCGGCCGACGGCAGCUUUUGUGACCGGAAGUGCCUAAAGGCCCGAAGAUUCUGCCUUCGCAGCAGCUGGGCGCUGCGGUCGCUCCAUGGCCGGGCGCCACCGGCCUCCUAGCCUCUGUCACCGCUGACGAUAUGGCACACAAAGGUCACAGUGGCGUCAAUCAGCUCGGAGGUGUUUUCGUCGGCGGUAGGCCGCUUCCAGACUCGACGAGGCAAAAGAUCGUCGAGCUAGCGCAUUCGGGCGCGCGACCUUGUGACAUUUCUAGGAUUUUGCAAGUUAGCAAUGGCUGCGUCUCGAAGAUUCUUGGGAGGUACUAUGAAACCGGAUCCAUCAGGCCCAGAGCAAUCGGUGGCAGUAAACCGCGCGUAGCCACAGCAGAAGUCGUAAGCAAGAUUUCCCUUUACAAAAGCGAAUGCCCCUCUAUCUUUGCGUGGGAAAUUAGAGAUCGUUUGCUCCAGGAAGGUGUCUGCACCAACGAUAACAUCCCUAGUGUGUCAUCUAUAAAUAGGGUACUGAGAAAUUUAGCAGCACAGAAGGAGCAACGGCAACAACAGCAACAACAACAGCAAGGGGUGGCUGCUGUUGGUGUUGGAGUUGGUGCUGGUAGCCCAGCUGAGAGCGUUUACGACAAAUUGAGGCUACUGAAUGGGCAAACCACAGGCUGGCCGAGGCCCAAUCCAUGGUAUCCAUCUGGUGCUGGCAGUCCGUUUCCAUCCCUGCAGCCCAGCUUGAGUCCAAGUCAUUGUACAGCCUUGCCGCCGGAUCCUGCGGAUAUUCUGCAUGCAAAGAAAGUUGCAGAACUAGAGGGUGGUGCACAUUCGGACGAAACGAACAGUGGAGGUGACAACAGCAACGCCGGAAGUGUAUCCGGAGGCACGGACGACGAUCAGGCGCGUCUUCGCUUAAAAAGGAAGCUUCAAAGGAAUCGUACAAGCUUCAGUAACGAGCAAAUCGAUGCUCUCGAGAAGGAAUUUGAGAGAACGCAUUAUCCAGACGUUUUCGCCAGGGAGAGACUUGCUGGGAAGAUUGGUCUACCGGAAGCUCGAAUACAGGUGUGGUUUUCGAAUCGGCGGGCGAAGUGGCGGCGCGAAGAGAAAUUGCGCACGCAACGGAGGGACAACCCGCAACACCAGCAGCCACAACAGCAACAGCAACAGCAACAACAGUCGCAGCAGCAGCAACAACAGCAACAGCACGCCGGAGGUGUGAGUCUAGUUGGCGCUGGCCAUCCAACACCGCCGCCAGCCUCGGGUAUUUUGGCUAGUCAACCACCCCCGCAAGCACCGCCCUCUCCACCCAGGAUACAUCAUGGUUUCGCGCCCACAGCCGUUUAUCCAGGAAUACCAAGCAUGCCUGAUUCAUACAGCCCAAUGACGUCGAUGCCGAGUUUCACUAUGUCCGGUGGGAGUCAGCAAAACCAGCACACUACCAGCAGCAUGUCAUCGUUAUCAACGAGCGGUGGGAUGGGCCCCAUGGGCAUGACCGUGGGCAUGACGGUGGGACCGAGUCCCGGAGCGUGUCUUCAACAACGAGACAACGGAUACUCGUGUGGUGUGGCUCGUCCACCGAGUUACGAGCCUCUUCAUCUUGGAUACGGGGCACGGCCCACGUGCAGCCCCACUCAACCAUACCAUACCGCGGGCCUGAACCAGUACAAUCAAAACACCAGCUCCACCGGUCUGAUAUCACCGGGUGUCAGUGUACCGAUUGCAGUACCAGGUCAACCAGCACCAGAUAUGGCAGCGCAAUAUUGGUCCCCUCGGUUACAGUGACCGUGGUGGUCAUCGGUGUCGACAUCCUCUCCGUAGGCUUGAGCUUCUUUGACUUACGUUAGUUUUACAAACGUUAGAUACAAGAGAACGCAAGGAGAAGACGUUCGAAAUCGAUGAAAGGGCAGCUCUUGCAAUCGUUCAGUAAAAUAUCGAUUCAACUGUCGUCGACGAUCGUCGACUGCCUUUGAGUAUUCAAAGGCGAUCUCUUGGAAAUCGUUCGAAGAACAUACGAGGAAGGAGAAUAAAAUAAAUGACGAUGAUAAACGUCACGUCUGAUACAAGAUCCAUCAAGCAUAAAAAAGAACAAGUUUUGCAAAAAGUUUCUUUUGUGCGAGAUGAAAGUUUUUGCAAAAUAUUAGACGUGAACGAGUAUAAAUUACAAAUUAUGUUCAGUUGCUUUUUCUUCAAGUGAUUUUUCAUCCGAUCUUUUGAAAUAUAUCACUGUUCGUAAGUAUUAAGAUAUUUACAGAACGUGAGAUUAAUCUUGGAAAUAAUUGGGAAAUUAUUACUACAAUCCUUAAGAAUUAAUAUAUAAUUUGAAAAACAGAUGAAGGUAACAGAAUCUCAAGAUACAUACAAAAAUCAUAUAUUUGAAAAUUCGAAAACUUUGAAGAUUUGAAAAUCUAGAAAUUUAAAAGUUUGAGAAUUUGAAAAUUCGGGAGUUUGGAAAAAUUUGGGAAUGCUAAAUUCGAAAACUUUAAUACUUGGUAUUUCGGAAAUGCUAAAAUUUUGAAAAUUCAUAAGUUUGAAACUUCAUAAUUCGAAAAUUCAAGGAUUCGGAAACUCAAGAAUUUGUUAACUUGAAAGUUUGAGAAUUCAAAAAUCUAAAGACUUAUUUAUCAAUUCGAAAACAUAAACAUUCAAAAAUUUCAAAAUUUGAAUAUUUAAAAAAUCGGAGAUUCUAAAAUUUGAAGAUUUAUAAAUUCUGAAAUUCAAGAAUAUGUUGUGUCAAAGGAACAUUAAUUGUUAAUUAGGAUUAUCUAAUUCAGUACAUUCACCUUGUAACUCUUGCAAACUCUUAACAUCAUUGUCGUACAUGCAAAAUCAUGAUCGUCUACAAUCAUGUAGUUAACAAUUUACAGCAAUUAUUACAUCCAGAUAGACUUAUUAAACCAGAAAAUAUCUUGAUACUUCUGAACGGAGACUUAUCUACGAAAGAUGAAAUUCGAGCUUCGUGAAUAUCGAUCGAGGAGAAAGUGAUCAAUUGGUAAAUAUUACUUUCAAAAUGCUCGUACACGCCUAAAAGCAUGAUGACAAGACACUUUUGCCUCGAGCAGACUUACGGAAAGAUCAUCUUUAGAAGUCUCUUAGUCGUAGACUCGCGUAUCGUCGAUAUUGUAAGAAGGAAAUAAAACAAGUCGGGGAUUAACAUAAUCAGUACGUAUUGAUUAUAAAAACAAUCAAAACAGCUAUGGUAAUAGUGUAAUGUUUAUGCCGUAAACGAUUGUAAUCUCUUGAUCUCUUUUACAUUUCUAUAUAGCUGUUGUAUUUUUUCUAAUGCUAGAGACCAAAGAAGUUGGAUUGAACAAAAUUAUUUUGCGGAAUAUGAAUUUAUUGAAUAAAAGUAAAAUUUGCGUGAAAUAAAUUGAAGCCAUAUAGUAAAACUGAAAGCAUUAGCAAAUUUGUAUAUUCACUUGUUAUAUAAUAUGGACACAUAAAGGUCGACUCUUUCGAAACGAAUUUUGUUAAUAAUGGACACAAUGAUAUAACGAUACGAAUUAUAAUACACUAACAUUUAGAAAAGUUUUAGGUUAUACAUAAUUCUAAAAAUAAAAUAUAAAUGGCUUCAUUUAUAAUGCGUGGACUGCGGAUAUUUAUGCAAAUUUCUAUUUUUAUGAACAUAAUUUACAAAAUGAAAACUACAUAGGUAUAAUAUUAUUUUACCUAAUAAAAAUUAGAGAAUGCUAUACAUUCGAUAUUUUAUAUUUUAUAUCGAAUUAAAAUAUUUCAAUAUUUUAUAUCGAAAGUAUAUUUUUACAUAUUAUGUGCGUUCUACGUGUCUGAGCAUUUUCAAACUUUCCAUAGAAAUCCGCAGUCUAAUAAUAGGAUCCAUGUCUCCCAGUUUUCCAAAUGUUAUCUUGGACCGUAGUAUCUCGAAAAAAAACUAAUAUUCGUAAUGUAUAAUAUACCUUUACCUGAAAGGUAAAAAGCGGGAGCUUCAAAUAUCUCAACAUAUCUUGAAAAAUGAAAAAAUGCUAAAGGGACAAUUGAUCUUGUAUUAAACAUUUAAGAAAGUAAUUGUUGAUACAGUGGAACCUCGAUGACUCGAAUCUCAGUGGAAAACCUAAAAUCUUCGAGUUGUGAAGGGUUUGUCCGAUCUAUAAGAAAGUUUGAUCUGAUCUAAUAAGAGAGAUUUAACAAACGAAAACGGCACUAAAAGAGGCAUAAUAAAUACAAAGAUUAACCUUGAAAUAGUAUCGUUAUCAUCGGGUCAUAAUUACUCACAAGAGAUUAGAUUUGAGAUGCGAAUUGAUUACUUAAUUCUAGAAUAUUCAAUUUUAGUUUGUUCUCUGUAUGUUAUAUAAUAAAUCGUCCUAAUGGUCUUUAUCAUAUAAAAAUCCAGAAUAUAAAUUGAAAUGAAGUACUUUAUUAAAAUCAAGUGUUUUAACUCAAACCGUUAAAAACACCACUGACCCAACGAUAUCAGUUAACACUUUGACUGCCACACCGAAAUCACAUGUUUCGCUCAGGACGCCACGGGAAUAUUUUUAUUAUUCAAAGCAUAUAAUAGCAAAAUAGUAAUAAAUUGAUGAUGUAAGA